AUGGCCUGCAGGAGAGACAAGAACGAUGAGGUCUCUGAUAAGGCACAGAAACAAAUGCGACUCAGCAUCACUUGUCGUAAAGUGGAAGAUCUCGCAAAAGAAAAAUUUGGAAAACCAGCAACCUUAAUAUCCCCAUUGAUCAUAGGUGGCUUCAACAUUCUCUACAGGAUACGCCUCGAAGGAACAUCUCCAGAUAUUAUAAUCCGACUGCCAUGUCCAAGCCUUGUUCAGUUUCCUAUUGAGAAAACUAUUCAAGAAGCAGCCACGGCAGCCUUGAUUGAGAAACAGACACUAGGUACCUUACAGGCCAUCUGGGGCAAGGUCGCACACAGUCUGCUGCAGCUUUCCCGGAUAACUUUCUCACGGAUUAGGUCUUUAGUUAAGGUCAGCAAUGGCACGUAUGAAGUGCGUGGCAGGCCAAUAACUCACAAUAUGACCGAUAUAGUUCGCCUCGCGAAUAUCCCUCGUUGUGUUCUUCCACCAGAAGGCAAAACAUACGAGACUACAGAUAAAUGGUAUACAGCAUUAGCAGAUAUACAUAUCGCACAGCUUAUCUUCCAACACAACGACCUAGUUGCUUCUAAGGAUGAUUGCCGAAAUAAGUACGUGGCACGCCAAAUCUUUCGCAGAUUAGCCAAACAAGGUCGUCUUUCUAUCUUUGGGUUUGCCGAGGAUACGUGGUCUGAAUAUACGUACGUUGGGCCUACACAGUUUAUCCUCGACCCACCUUGGUGGCUUCUCCUUGAGACCGCUGAGAUGUGGUCGUCCGGCAUCGAUGAGUGGAAGAAAACAUACGAAUUGCGCUUGAAGACUUGGCUUUCUUCUAUGAGCAAAGCAGAAGCAGGCAUGACAGAGCCCAAUCCUUUGCCUGCACCAUUGUCUACGUAUAUGCGAGAAAGCUGGGAAACAGGGCGAUUUUUUCUCAGUUAUGCGGCUAGGAAAAGUUGGGCGUUUGACGCUAUGUACUGGAAAUUUCUAGAUGAGAGAUUCUUUGGCGCUCGAGAAAGUGGCAUUUUCAAGAAUGAUUUGUGGAAAACGAGGAUACAUUUAUUGAGCGAAGAAGAGAGAGCAGCCAUAGAACCCUUUGUGGAAAGAAAGAUGGCCGAAUCCAAAACACGGUGCAUUAUCGACUGGGAUCCGACCGAAGCACGACAGCGUUUUUCCGAGCUAUUGUUUGAUUAAGAGAAAAAGUGUAUGGAGCAAUUAAACUUUUAGCCACUCCAAG